UUAAAAUAAUAUUAGAAAAUGGAUAAUUUGUGAUAAAUAAACUUCCAAGAAUUCAGAAAAUGUCAUCAGAAAAUUCGCCCGAACAGGUUAGUCCUCUAGCACCUUUAUAUCCUCCACCAAGACAAAGAACAGGUUAUGUUGAACGACUUAAAAUACAGAGAAACAGAUUAAAGAACAUACAACUAACAGAAGAUACGAGUACAACAGUUAAUAAAUUAUUACCAAAGAUUAAGAGAAGUGAAUUAGCGAGAGUUAAUACAUCUGCCUUGUCUAGAAGUGGUACAUUAGAAUCUAUCAAACUGCCAUCAGUUAUAUCAUUGACUAAUAAAUCUUCUACCUUCAAACCUCACACUAAACUAAAAAAAAAGGAUGAUAUUUUUGUCAAAUCACUUUUAAAUACUUAUCCAGAGCAUGUCUCUCUCCUAUCUAAAUCUUUACCAAGUUUACCAUCAAUACCUGGAUCACCUGGCGAAGAUCUCAACUCUCUACUAGAAGAAGAUAUAGUCUGUGAUCCUAAACCUGUUUAUCAUAGUAAAAACAGGUACCAAAAAAUAGCCUUCCGCAAACAGUUAGAAAAAAGGGACUCGUUAACUGAUGAGGAAGAACUAAAUUCAUUCCGUAGUAACAAGUCUGACAAGCAUCAUUAUAUCAAACAUAAAUCCCGAAUCAAUUUUCACAUACCAGUGCUUCCAUUUGAAAGGGACAACAGCUUAGUUAGCGUGCAGAGUGUUCCUGUUAAACAAGACUUUGAUCCUAUUCAUCUGCCCCGUAGAUACAGGAAAAAGGACAAUGUAAAAGAAAAACAAAGACGUUUUCGUUCUUUAGAUGCCCGAAGUGAUGCCAUGAGUGUAAAAAGUGACAGUGUAUUAAAUAGCGUUAAACCCAAGUGGAAGGAAAACUGUGAUUGUAUGAGAUGUAAAAUGUUAAAACGUCAAUUCAAAGAUGGCGAUGAAAGUUAUAAAUUAUGGGGACAGUAUCCAUGUCAAUUUAAUCCACAUGAAGAUCCUAUAAAUUAA